AACAGCCUUCCAGGCGCUGGUUUCGCUCACAGCCGUCAGCGUUAAACGAGCGGGGCAGACUCCUGCGGCUGCGGCGUUGUUUCCGGCAAGGUGAUUAGUCUUCUGUCAGGACUGGACCGCACAUCAUGGGAGAUUUAGAUUGACAUUACAGAAUGUAGGAAAUAGCAUCACCUCUCUUGGAGCUACGUAUAUUCAUUCAGCAUCCCUGGUGAAGUACUGACUCCAAACAGUCCUUGUCAAGGUUUUCUUGGAAGCAGGAAUGGGCAGGAGCAGCCCUCAGGAAGCAGCAGUCAUGAUUCACUGUUUUCAUUUGGACUUCUGACACCUCUUGCCAGACAAUAUAUCUGCUGAUGUAAAGAAUGCACAGAACCAUGGCUUCUGCAGGGUUGGUGUACUUGUUGACAUGGCAGGUGGGAAUCAGCGUGAACUUGCUCGCCAAAAGAACCUAAAGAAGACUCAGGAGAUCCACAAAGGGAAAAGAAAAGAGGAUAGCUUGUCAGCAUCUCAGCGGAAACAGAGAGACUCUGAAAUUAUGCAGCAAAAACAAAAAGCAGCCAAUGAAAGGAAGUCUCUGCAAUCAGGAGCUAAAUGAGCUGCCCAUGCAAAGAAGAUUGAGUGCUCCAUUGAAACAGAAGGGCCUAGAAGAUCAAUCAUUAAGUGUCCAGUCAUUAAAUGAUUAAACAUCUGUCUUGCAGAGUUGUUUAACUACCAUUAGUUUAGACUAUUUCUUGUUAGUGCAGGCUUAGUUGUCUGGAGUGCUAGUUCAAAACUGCAUUCUUCUGCAUGCAUGUGAUCACAAGUAUUGAGCAACAGCUUUUGUCCAGCUUUUGUUGCGUUUCCUGGUUUCACUUAAUGAUUCCAGUAACAGUGAAUUUCUGAAUCUACAGUUAGACUAGACAUUCUUGUCAAUUCUUAAAGUACGCUGUCAUUCAGAAUAGAACACACUUGUAAAAUGUGCUUAAACUUACAGACAUCUGAACUGUAAAUGUCAUCUUGAAUUAUUUUUACAAUAAACUGUUGCAUGAGA